AUGGGAGAGUUCGAAGGCACUCAAGAAUUGAUCAACAACAGCAAUUGCAGGAGCAAGAACCAAGCUGAUAUAUCACCCAUUGUUCCUAACGAAGAAUAUUGUUCCUCUCUGGUUUUAACAACGAGAGUCCACUAUUCAGGAACACAGACGCUACGGUUAUAUAUUGGGGGGUCUCUACGACACCCUAUCAAGUGCACCGCACCCAAGAGCCUGCCAGACCUGCCAGCCCGUCCUAGCCCCCUCCCUGGGUGUACUGAGCCUUCGUCAGCUCCCCCGACACCCAACGUGUGUGUAUAUGUCCUCACGGCCGACCUGCACAACACGCUCUCAUUAACCGACUUCGAAAGCCUCGCCUCUCGCAAGCGGAAGUUUUACGGCAAUUAUCUGAAAAUCGACGACGAGACCUCCUGGCGCCCCCCAGCGGCCCGCCCGGCCUUCGCCCACGCCACGCACGCCUACCUGGAGACUCCCUACUACCUGAAGCGCGACCCGGAGGACCUGGUAGGGUCGACAGCGACCCCUCCGGGCGGCGACCUAAUGACCCUUAGCCCUCGCCACACCACGCCCUUCUCCGUCACCGACAUCCUCUCGCCCUUGGAGGAGCAGCGUCGCGCCCUGGAUCUGCUAGACGACAGACGCCUCGACCUGCUGGACUCCGGGAGCUACGGGCGCGCCGCCGCCGCCGCCGCCGCCAUGCAGCCCGCAGGCAUGCAGCACGUGGCGUACCCGCCCGCGCCGCCGCCCACCACCUACUGCACCCCCGACGUGUACGACGCAAGGGCCUCCGCCCCGUCAUGGUACCAGACGUCAUCUUCAGAUCCCCGCUUUGCCAUCUCGCGGUUGAUGGGAGGAUCAAACAUGAACAUGAACAUGGGCAACGUGACGUCACUCUCCACGUGCAGUAUGGCUGACAACAAAGCGAUGCAGUUCCCCCUCUCACAGCGAAGAAAACGGAGGGUACUCUUCACGCAGGCGCAGGUAUACGAGCUGGAGCGACGGUUCAAGCAGCAGAAGUACCUCAGUGCCCCUGAAAUCGAGCAGCUUGCAGCCCUCAUUCACCUCACACCAACUCAGGUCAAGAUUUGGUUCCAGAAUCACCGCUACAAGAUGAAGAGAGCAGCUAAGGAGAAGGCCAUGUCAGAACAGGGAUCGUCGGCCAAUAGCCAGAGCGUCGGCUCCCCCAGGCGAGUCGCGGUGCCGGUGUUGGUGAAGGAUGGCAAGCCGUGUCCCGAACGGGGACGACCAAGACAGCACGACCCACGGCCAGUCCACGCCCUCCACUACGCCCAUCACCUCCUCCCAGGCCCAGCCGUCUGCGGUCCACCACGCCGCCCACCACGAUCACCACACGUCCACUUCGUACUCGGCGACUGUCCAUCACUCCGGUUCCCACGUGAUCAGCGGCUUGAGCGGCGGCUGCUCCUCGCCCAUGAUGACGGAGCCCGUGGUGGGCGCGGUGUCCUCCUCGGCCGCAGCCGGCUGCCUGCCGCCCGUGUCCUCAAUCAGCGGCGACUACGCCCGCAUGACUCCGCCGACGCAUCACAUGGUCACGCCGCCCGCGACCCCGCACAACCCGCCGAAUAUGUGUUACUUUCCGCUCCAAGGGCGCACGUGGUGAGGCAGCCUCCCGCGCGCCUGGGCCGGAGGAGGAGGACCUUUCGGGGGACAGCCCUCAAGCGUCGCUCUCCGGGCAGGGUGAACGCGACUAGCGUUAAGUAGGGUAACCCUCUUUACCCCUUCCUCAACACCCUUUUCCUCUCCCUUCUGUGGCAUCCCUGUAAGUAACGUCAUCAUCCUAUCACAUCCUACUAGUCUGUCUAGCACACCUGCAGCCCACCUUACCAGUCCUCUGCUGAGUAGCUAGUCCCACUCAGCCCAGCUCCCACUCGCCCUUGGCACCUGACGACGGAUUUCUCUACGUUCGCGGAGGCUGAAAGAAUAGAAAAUGAGGAACAAGAGCACGAUCAAGAAUCCAAGCCUAUCAACUUUAUUCGUAACGCCUGAAGUCGUCCAAAGAAAUAAUCCAAGGAUAAUCCUCAUCCCUUUUUGCUCAGAAGGAUUCUUAUGAAACUACGUGUCCUCUCCUUCUCCUCCUCCUCCAAGCGCACUUUUCCUCCUCCUCCUGCUCCUCCCUCCGAGCCUCCUAACUCAUUCAAACAAUGCCCUCUCUUCCUCUGUC